CGCGCUUUUUUAACAUCGCCGAAAUGGCAGAUAAUUUAAACAUUUAUUCUAUAAUGUGCGGCAUCGGCCGCUUGAAUAUGAACGAACUAGAUUACCAAAAUGGAAAUGCAAAUCAUACAAAGUCACCGACGGCCGACGCAAAAAGUUCGUGUAAAACGCCCGAGACAGGUGAAACAGAUAGCAGUGGCGAUGUCGGUGCCAAUAGAAAAGAAGACAGCUACUACAGCUCUGACGUUAGCUAUAUAGACCCUUCCUUGCUGUUGCUUGAUACCGACUGCGAAAGUAUCUUUAAAACGGAUACGGAUACGGAUGGAAGUGAGAGAGUCACAAUGAGCACACCAAAGAAGCGCGCGUCGGAUGAUUCUGAGAGCGGUGGCAGUGCCAAACGCUUGAAAGGAGUUGCGAAUUAUAAACGCAAAUACGAAACAUGCUCCGAAACAUACUCCGAUGGUUCCGAAGAAGAGAUCAUUGUUCUAUCCAGUGAUCAUGAGGACAAUGAAUUCGAGAAAGGCCUGAAGCUAAUAUCCUCGCCAAAGACCGGCACUGUGAUAACCACCCGUAGUGGACGCGCUGUUCAUGCGCGCGUUGAAUUUAAUUUUGAUUACUCUUCUGAGCAAUGCGGUGCUGAUGACUUCGAGGACGGUGACACGGACUACGACGAUGAUUACGAUGAUGAGCCCAAGUGCAAGAAACAAAAAAAUCGUCGCAUUUCUCUACGCUCCAGCUACAGUAGUAGCGACAACAGCUCCCUUUGCGAUAGCACAUCUAUCAUAUACCUCGAUCUGACCAAACCCACGGCUAUCAUACAAAGCGAACCACCGGAUAUCUCUGUCGCAGAUCAGGACUGCGAAUUAAAAGUUCUGAUACAAAAGUUUCUGGGACUUGUGGCGGCGAAACGACGUCUCUACACCCCAACGGACGAUCUUGAUGUGGAAGAGAAUGAAACAAGUGAGGUAAAGGUGCCACGUUUUCACAGUUUCAUGAAAUCCGGUCCACCACCGUCCCCCGGCGCUCCCGUUUCCAUUAAGGUCAUACCAGCGACCCCAGCGACCUUCGAUCUGGCCAACAACAGCAAACUUUUGAACUCGCCACGCAGACCUACAACACAAUCGGAGCGACAGGUUAAAGUGUUCAACGAUAUGGUGCUGCGUGCCAAUGCCAAUCACUUGGAGAAUAACACGCCGGCUCACAUAAAAGAGGCAAUUGACUUAAGUGGCCUGCCCAGUAAGAGCCAACGUUCUCAAAACUGUCGUCAGCAUAGGCACAUCUACGAUUGUCUCGAGAGCCAUCCACGCUUUUACACAUUUAUUGAAUCCCUAAACUCUGAAACAUCGAUUAACAUGUGCCACCCCGAUGCCCUCAUCCACAGGGAACGUGAUUUUAGCACAAACAAAGAGACGCUGGCCAAGACUCUCUUCCACAUGCUCAAUCAUAAAAUCUUUCACUGCGGACUCAAGCCGGUCAUCGUUUGGGCGCGUAGCAUGAGCUCAUCGAGCAAGUGCGUGCAUAGCAUCAAGGCGGGAAGCGGUCAGCGGGAGUCUAAAAUUAUGCUAUCGAAAAAUAUCUCCCAUGUGAGUGUCCUCAUCAAGGCAAUGCUCCAUGAGAUGUGCCAUGCGGCCGCUUUCGUCUAUCACGGAGAGACGGGCCACGGUGAUUUCACGCGCAAGUGGGCCUAUCAAGCCAAAUCACAGAUGCCGGAGCUGCCAGCGAUUGCGGACUGUAUGCCUAAUUAUAAGUACUCCUGCUGUUUGUGUCGGCGUCGUUCGUUUGGGAACAUAAAAUUUGAGGAUGAGUCGGACCAGCUGCGGUGCCAUUAUUGUCAGUUUGAGCUCAUUGUGGAGCCCCAUGCUGGUGAUUUUGUGCAUAGUUUGUCGUUUGGUCAUCAGAAGCCCACACCGUACAAAGAUUUCGUGAAGAAGCAAUAUUUGCAGACAACGGAAUCGGGUCAUUCGGCCAAAAUGAAAGCGGUUAAUACGCUCUAUUUGGCCACAGCCCUGUCAGUCAAUCGAGGCGGUGAGCGUAGCGACGAGUCUUCCUCCAUGGGAACUGGAAAGCUCUGAAUAUAAUUCUUAAGUUUACAGUGCACGAUAUUGAUUGAGAACUAGAUGAACCCAGCGGAUUUGGUUCGAACGCAUGCACUGACUAUAACGAUCGCAAACAUAAUUUAUCGAAUUCGUUUAGAAACUUCUUUUAUUAUAUAUUACUGUUUUUUUUUUCCAAAAAUAAUCGAAUAACUGCAAAGUAUAAAUAUUCUGAAUUUGGCGCAGCUUUACAUUUAAGAUGAAAGACUAAACCAUUUGUGUUUUAUCGAAUUAGUUUCCCUUAACUUAACGCUUGGACUAGAGUACUUUUGAAGUCAAACCAAAACAAAAAGUUUUCAACUUACGGAAUUCAAAACUUUUGAAAAAUUGUCCUACACAUAAUACAAGAUUGGAAGAGAAUAUGAAUUAAUGCCUUUUUAGUCGCUUUCGAUUCUAAUUCAAUCGUGCACU